AUGGAUGACAACAUAGAUCCAGUUGAUUGGGAAGAAGAUAUUAAUGAUAUUCUAUCAGAUACGUUUGAAGAGGAGGACCAACCAACAACUUUGACAGACCUUACCGAUGCAAAGUUAUACCCUUUACAGAUGCUCUAUAUUGAAUAUAUAGAUAACCUUCCUGAGUAUCCAAAGACUUAUAUCAAUGGUCAUACGUAUAUCAUUGCAGCAGAUAAAAUGUCACAAUCAGAGGCGGAGUAA